CCAUAUGUUUUCAUGUCAAGCCACCUGUUCCUGCAAAUUGUCUCAUGUUGUCAUUGGAUUGUUGAUUGAUUGGCAACUCAGCUCUAACAUAAUAAUAGAUUAUCAAUUAUGGCUCUCAGAGGCAGGCGCUUAGUUGAACUGGCGUUGGCAGAAAAUGAGGUCUCACCAGAGGUUCGACAAUCCAUGGACCGUGAGUUUGGUAUUGUGAACAUCGACAACAACAGUACAACAAACCUUAAUGAGCAUACUUAUUUUGUAAGUCCUAAGCCUACUACCAAUAUUGAAAAUAACACUUCAAAUACAGUAAAAACAAAACUCUGCCAAAUUGUAAACUACAAAGAAUUGUCAGAUAGUGACAGUCCUUUAUUUUCGGAUUCAGAUGAGUACAACUACGCUCCCAGUAGUGACUUUGGUGAGGUUUCUAGCAGUGAUGAGGAACCAAAAAAGAAAAGAAGAUCGAAGAAAAUUAAUAAAGUAAGUCUGCUGAAACACGUAGCAGUUCAGAAAGUAACAAACUAUGAAUCGAGAAACGAAAUCGAGAGGCGAACAAGAAACGAGAUUCAGCUUUUUAUGAAUCGGUGCUAA